UGAGCCUUCUUGGUCCAAUAGUUCGGCGGAAGCGAGCCGCACACGCACAUUAUCAUAUCAUGAAGCUUACGGUGCUCUUCGUCGUGUUGUUUAGUUUUCACCUCGCAGCCGGCGACGACGUCCAGGUCCAGUUUGCCUUCCCAGGCUUCGCCGGCGCCAACCUCACCGUCGACGGCAACGCCACGGUCACCCCCGACGGCCUCGUGGUGCUUAACAGCCGCAAGACCAACCUCAAAGGCCACGCGUUCUACCCCACCCCGCUGCGCUUCCGCGGGUCGCCGGGCGGGCAGGUGCACUCCUUCGCCUCCUCCUUCGUUUUCGCCAUCGUCUCCGACUACACCGACUUCAGCGCCCACGGCAUGGCCUUGGUCGUGUGCCCCACCCCGGAGAGCCUCUCCUCCGCGCUGCCUGCCGGCUACCUGGCCCUCCUCAACGUCCAGAACAACGGCAACGCAAGCAACCACCUCUUCGCGGUGGAGCUCGACACCACCCAGAACACCGACUUCAAGGACAUCAACUCCAACCACGUCGGCAUCGACGUCAACGAUCUGCACUCCCUGCAGUCCCACCCUACGGGCUACUACCUCGACGGCAGCGGCGACUUCAGGAACCUGACUCUCUUCAGCAGGGAGGCGAUGCAGGUGUGGGUGAGCUACGACGGCGGGACCGGGCAGAUCGACGUGACACUGGCGCCCCUCGGAGUGGCCAAACCGGCGAGGCCGCUGGUAUCAGAUACCUACAACCUCUCCUCGGUGAUCACGGAGCAGGCCUACAUCGGCUUCUCGUCGUCGACGGGCGGGAUCAACACGCGGCACUACGUGCUCGGCUGGAGCUUCGCCAUGAACGGCCCUGCCCCGGCCAUCGACAUCGCCAAGCUACCCAAGCUGCCGCGCUUUGGACCCAAGCCUCGCUCCAAGGUCCUGGAGAUCGUUCUGCCCAUAGCCACGGCGGCGGUCGUCCUUGCUGUCUGCACGGUUGUCGCUCUACUCCUGCUGAGACAUCUGAGGUACGCACAGCUGCUGGAAGACUGGGAGAUCGAAUUCGGGCCGCAUCGAUUCUCGUACAAGGAAUUGUACCACGCCACCAAAGGAUUCAAGAGCAAGCAUCUACUUGGUGCCGGGGGUUUCGGAAAAGUCUACAAAGGUGUGCUCAGCAGGUCCAAGUUGGAGGUAGCCAUAAAGAAGAUCUCCCACGAGUCAAGGCAAGGGACGAGGGAGUUCAUCGCCGAGGUGGUGAGCAUCGGGCGGCUCCGGAACCCCAACCUCGUGCAGUUACUCGGCUACUGCAGGAGGAAAGGGGAGCUGCUUCUGGUGUACGAGUACAUGCCAAAUGGUAGCCUCGACAAGUACCUCUACGGCGAGUGUGAAGGGGUGCUUGACUGGGCCAAAAGGUUCCAUGCCAUCAAAGGGGUUGCCUCCGGCUUGCUCUACAUCCACGAGAGGUGGGAGAAGGUGGUGAUCCACCGAGACAUCAAGGCCAGCAACGUGCUCCUCGACGGCGAGAUGAACGGGCGCUUGGGGGACUUCGGGCUCGCAAGGCUGUACGACCACGGCACGGAUCCGCAUACCACGCAUGUGGUCGGCACCAUGGGCUACCUAGCCCCGGAGCUCGUGCGCACGGGGAAGGCGUCGACGCUCACGGACGUGUUCGCGUUCGGCGCCUUCCUUCUCGAGAUUACCUGUGGGCGAAGGCCGGUGAGCAAUGGUUCCCCGGGCAUGGACACUGACAGCCACGAGAUGCUAGUGGACUGGGUCCUUGAUCAUUUCCGCAGAGGAUGUCUCGCCGAAACGGUGGACGCGAGGCUGGGAGGUGACUGUGAUGUGGACGAGGCAUGUCGGGUGUUGAAGCUCGGGCUGUUGUGCUCGCACCCGUUCGCCAGCACGAGGCCAAGCAUGAGGCAGGUCAUGCACUACCUUGACUCUGACACGCCGCUUCCGGACCUGUCAUUGGCAGAUAUGACGAGCUUCAGUACGAUGGCCCUGUUGCAGAACCAAGGGUUCGACUCGUAUGCCAUCUCUUAUCCAUCUUCAAUGGGGAGCAUUGGCACUGUAUCUUACAUCUCAGGUGGAAGAUGACAUCCAUGUACGUACGACUAGUGUUUAUUUAUUAUGCCAUUGCUAGCAGAUGCUUUCCGCUCUGUUCCAAAAUAGUAUAAAGAUGUUGGAGUAUUUUCUUUUUCAAA